CUCUUCUGGCUCCACUGUUGUUCACUGGCUCCAUGGAUGAGCUGGGAAGAGGAGGUAGAGCGGAAUCAGCGGAUGCGUCUGGCCAGAGGAGAACGGGAGGAGUUUGGAUCCGCAUGCACGACUAACCGACGGCUCUGAUCAUCGGCGGCUCUUUCUCCAUCCCUCCCUGACUCCCUUCCCCCUCUCUCUCCCCUUCUCUCUCCUCUUCUCUCUCCCCUUCUCUCUCUCUCUCACGCGCACACUCACUCUCAGACUCACACACACUCACGCACAGGCUGGAUGUCAUCUCGCUAGGCUGAACGAGAGGUGUCUAUGUAUUGGGGCCGGAGGGGUCAUGAUGGACCUAAAGGAGAGCUGUGGCAGUGAGGGGAGCCAUGAGAGCUCCAGUCUGCGCCCGUCCUCCUGGCAGGCCUUCUCCCACACCAGCACGCUCCACGGCCUGCGCUUCAUCUUCCCCUAUGGCCGGCCUACGCCUCGCCGCCUGCUCUGGGCCGCCGCCCUGCUGGCCUGCUUGGGCCUCCUGGCCCUGGAGAGUGCCGAGCGCCUGGCCUAUUUCCUGUCCUACCCCCAUGUGACUAGCGUGGAUGCCGUGGUGUCGGGCAGCCUGGUGUUCCCUGCCGUCACCGUGUGCAACCUCAAUGCCUACCGCUUCAGCCGCCUGUCCCGCAAUGACCUGUACCAUGCUGGGGAGCUGCUGGCCCUGCUGGACGUCCACCUGAGGAUCCCUGAGCCCCAGCUGGCCGAGCCCCACGUCCUGGCCUUCCUCACAGACAAGGCCAACUUCACCGCCUACAGGCCCAAGCCCUUCAGCAUGCGUGAGUUCACCGAGAGGGUGGGCCACGACCUCAAGGAGAUGAUGCUUUACUGCCGAUACCAAGGCCAGGAGUGCAGCCACAAAGACUUCAAAACCGUAAGUCUACUCAUAGCCUCCCUGUCUUUGCUCAGGUCUGGCAUGGGUCAGAUCUCCUGCAGCGCAGUUGAGUCUCUCACUCAGAAGGCUUUGUCUGUCAAGUGUUAA